UUUGAGUAGAAAAUAGAAAUAAUUUAUGGCAAUAAGCUGGCAACGGAAGCUGCCAUGUCUAUGACGUCAUGGGCGGAGUUUAGUUGAAGAUCGAAUUCGGAUUCGGUUGGCGGGCGCGGCCAUCUUGGUGAAUUAGUGACCUGGCGAUUCGGUUUUAGUUAGUGAAAAAUCAUUUGUCAUCCACAAUGUCGGAAAGGGAAGAUAAUGUGUAUAAAGCCAAGUUAGCUGAGCAGGCGGAGCGUUAUGACGAAAUGGUGGAGGCCAUGAAGAACGUGGCGUCGCGCAACGUGUCCGACAACGAACUGACUGUUGAAGAGCGGAACCUUCUGUCGGUGGCGUACAAGAACGUCAUAGGAGCGCGCCGGGCCUCCUGGCGGAUCAUAUCCUCCAUCGAACAGAAGGAAGAGACAAAAGGCGCAGAGGACAAACUGAACAUGAUCAGGGCGUACCGCAGCCAGGUGGAGAAGGAGCUGCGCGACAUCUGCUCGGACAUCCUGGGCGUGCUGGACAAACACCUCAUCCCCAGCUCACAGACCGGCGAGUCCAAAGUGUUCUACUACAAAAUGAAGGGUGACUACCACCGGUACCUGGCGGAGUUCGCGACGGGCAACGACCGCAAGGAGGCUGCCGAGAACUCGCUGGUCGCGUACAAGGCAGCCUCCGACAUCGCCAUGACCGAACUGCCUCCCACCCACCCCAUCCGCCUCGGACUCGCGCUCAACUUCUCAGUAUUCUACUACGAAAUCCUGAACAGCCCGGACCGUGCAUGCCGGCUCGCCAAGGCGGCGUUCGACGACGCGAUCGCGGAGCUGGACACGCUGUCGGAGGAGAGCUACAAGGACUCGACGCUGAUCAUGCAGCUGCUGCGGGACAACCUCACGCUGUGGACGUCGGACAUGCAGGGCGACGGCGAGGGCGAGGCCGAGCACAAGGAGCCGGCGCAGGAGCACGACGACCAGGACGUGUCGUAAUGGCGCCGCGGCCACGCGUUACUAUAGUACCACGUAAGACCCAGCCCCGACCGACCCGGCCUCGGUCUGUACUCCAACACAAACCACACUGUAAUCAUUAACCACUAUUUAUAUAUUCAUAAAUAUCUAUGUAACACGUACCAGUACGCGAGUACACACACUCAAAUAAAUAAUAAAACAAACAAAUAAAUAAACCAAUGAAAUUGUCAGUCGAAUGUGUUAUCGUGCGACGUACCACGUACAUGAGAAACGUUUUGUUUAUGUAUGUGUCAAAUUAUAUACGAGUAAUAUAAUAUACACAGUAUGGAAUAUCUAGUUCUUUUGAUAUAUUUGUUUUCAGUUGGUGAAAUAAUGUUUAAGAUGAUAAAGUACUUUGGUAUUUGCAUUUGAACUGUAUGUUGUUUGUUGUAUUCCCCUACGGUAACUCGAUGGAUCUCUUGGUGUCUGCGCGUGUCGGACUCUGUUACAAGCUCUACACACGCUGUAUCUGUCGCCAGCCGCUCCGACUCCUCCGACAGCUACUCUAAGGUGGGAAUUGUAAAUUUUCUAAGUAUUUUAUACAGUGUGUACAAUGAAUGUCCCGUACCUGUGCCGACGUCUGCACAAAUAGUCGUUUUAUACAAGGACGUUUAAUCUCGUGGCUAAGUUGUUGUUUUGAGACUGUUGCUAGUUGGUAUUAGUCGGUUCCCCGCCCUUGGCCCUCGCCGCAUUUGUAUACAUUUGAAUUAUAUUUUGAAUUGUGUAACAUUAUUAGGGUGGUGUAGGUAGCGGCUCGCAAGUCGCAAGUCGCAGUACGUAGGUGAACGCCCGCCUCUCAUAGAUUAAAGACAUUGUCGUUGUUCCCGCUUUGUUCGUAUCGCAACAUUGGAGUAUUCACAUCUGAAUUGCUUUAAUUACUUACGAUUAUUGUGAUAGAGAUUUUGUAUAUUUUAAUUUAUUUUUUGUAAUUUCGCAAGUUGUCUAAAGUGAACUGUUGUAGCGCUAUCUCUUACGGCUCCGAGCGGUUGUCCGGUAGUUGUCAAGUUGUGCUAGGUUAAGGUGAUGCACUUGCGUAUGUAUUUAUUGUCGAACACAUUCCACCUCCCGCGUCAGUGCAGGCAGCGCAGCGGAGCAAGUGCGUGCCCUAGUAAGAUAUUAGCGUUAUUUUAUUUGAAUUUGUAAUAUUGCAUAUAUUUUGUUAAUUUAUCCACAAAAAUACUGAUGCAAUUAGCCUUAGUGUUAUGCAAUAUUGAUUUAUGUCCUACCAACUACAUGGAAAUUUAUUGUAAAUGACAGUGUAAAUCUAAUAAUAAAAAUUCAAAAGUCCG